AUGGACGCCCAUCAAUCAACAGUCGCGGGCGUCGCGGACAGAGUUAAACACUUUCACGCCCGUCAAGAACCCUUUCGACUAUAUCAUGGUUCGACUAACAGCACUCGACACUCAAAUCGUCGUGUCGACAACACCGUCGAUACCAGCAAACUUAACAAUGUCAUCGAAGUGAACAAAGAUUCAAAAACUGUCAUUGUUGAACCAAAUGUUUCUAUGGAAUCGCUGGUCGAUGCGACGCUGCCUCAUGGUUUGGUGCCGCUUGUUGUUAUGGAGUUUCCGGCUAUUACCGUCGGUGGUGGCUUCUCGGGAACAUCGGGAGAGAGCAGUUCUUUCAGAUACGGCGCUUUUGAUGCGACGGUGAAUUGGAUUGAGAUUGUUCUUGCGGAUGGAACUGUUACCAGAGCUUCGAAAGAGGAUCAGCCGGAUUUGUUCUGGGGUGCUGCGUCGGCGUUCGGAACUCUCGGGGUUGUUACUUUGUUAGAAGUGCAGCUCAAAGACGCAAAGGAGUUUGUUGAGCUCAAGUACAGACUUGCGAGGGGUCCUGCUGAGUCUGUCAAGAUUAUCAAAGAAGAGUCAAAGAGAUGGGAUAACGAUUAUGUGGAUGGUAUUGUUUACUCGAAAGACACGACUGUUAUAUGCACUGGACGCCUUGUUGACGAAAUCCCGAUAAGUGCACAAAUAAGACAUUUGAAUCGACGGAAAGAUAAGUGGUUUUAUCUACAUGUCGAAAAAGUAAGAGAUGGAUUACGGAUGGGUUCAGUAACAUGCGUGGCCGAUUACAUCCCGUUAAAGGACUAUCUUUUCCGCUACGACAGAGGAGGCUUCUGGGUUGCGAAGUACGCAUUUGACUAUUUCAUCACGCCUUUCAACCGCGUUACACGAUAUAUCCUGGAUCCCCUUCUUCGAGCAAAGGUCAUGUACUCAGCAGGCCACAAGAGCAAUCUGUUCGACUACUACAUGGUGCAAGACGUCGGCGUACCAUACAGCAGCGUGCCCGAGUUCCAAAACUGGUUGGACAAGCAGUUCAAGAUCUAUCCUCUCUGGAUAUGUCCUCUACGAGUGCGGCGCGAUGAGCCUAAUUCUGGACAUGGUCUGCAUGCCGAGUUUGCAAAGCCUGGUACGACGGAUUUACUAAACUAUGGUAUUUGGGGCCCUCUAUCAGGAAAUCGUCGCGACGCUAUUAAGCACAAUCGCGCGUUGGAGCAAAAAGUGCAAGAUUGUGGAGGAAAGAAGUGGCUUUACGCACAUGCGUAUUACACUGAGGAUGAAUUCUGGUCGCAUUACAACAGAGAGUCUUAUGAUGCGCUGAGAGCAAAGUACGGAGCAUCAUAUUUGCCAAGUGUUUACGAUAAAGUCAAGGUCGAUAUUGAGGGUGAUGAGAAACUCAUGAAGUCAACAGCAAGUACAGGAUGGCCGGUACGAGGAUUACGAGGAGUGUAUAAGGCGUUGUUUGGUGGAGAUUAUCUGUUGCAAAAGAAGCAUGAUGAAACGUCUGAGCAGAAGCAGACCGAGACUGCGAGCGUCUGA